AUGGUCUUUUGGAGAUUGAUAGCAUUCUGCUGUCUAUUUACUUGGGUAUCUGGGUUUGAACCUUUUUCAGUUUCUGGAGCUAUUGGAGCAGCAUUAGUGACUGGAAUAUAUACAGUUUUUUCACCAAUUAAAUGUCAUUUACAAGAAUGUUGUACACCAAAUUGGAUCAACCUUAACACCACAGCUCUUCAAAGAGACCUACAAGGAAGACUUUAUGGGCAACAUUUGGUGACUGAUAUCAUCUUCAAGAAUCUGAAAGCACACAUGACAAAGGAUCCAUCAAAAGCACUUGCUUUCUCCUUUCAUGGGAGUACAGGGACGGGAAAGAACUUUGUCAGUAAAAUAAUUGCAGAAAGCAUUUACAAGAAGGGAAUGAAGAGUAGAUAUGUCCACUUGAUAUCAGCAACUAAAGAAUUUCCGCAUAAAGAUUUGAUUCCUAGUUAUAAGGAUAAACUGCAAGAAUUAGUAGAGAGCAGUGUUAAAGAGUGUGCUCAGUCUUUGUUUAUCUUUGAUGAAAUUGACAAGAUGCCAUCUGGAAUAAUUGACAUUUUAAACCCAUACCUGGAUUUUUAUGAGCAACUUUCUGGCACUGACUACAGAAAUGCUAUCUUCAUAUUUCUCAGGUGGGCAAAGAUAAGAAGUUAA